GUUAGUAAACUGCCGCGUUAAUGUGUUUUGAAAAAAGAGCAAACACAACAUAGUUCUAAAUUCAUUAGCAAGCAGGUUGUAAUAGGUACUUGUAAAUUUAAUAAUGUUGUGGGUUAUUUAAUUUUGUAUUGACUAUUUAUUAUGAAGUUCGUUUUUCGUGUUGUAGGUUUUAGUGAAGUAGGUAACCUGUGUUUGUAUUUUUAUUUAAGGGGGGAAAAUCAUCGAAUGACUGCUUCCGCCUAGGUGAGGUGGGAGGGAGUGUCAGACUCUUACUGACUAAAAACCACCCCGUUCCUUCUCCUGCACGUCGAGCCGGAGCCCCGGUUACCCGUUAG